AUGAAUUCCGCAACGCAAACGCACGAUGACUUCAAAAGGAGGAGGAGGGCGAAAUGGGCAUCUUAUAUCAUCGGCGGAGUUAUAUUUCAAAUAUUCUUAGUACUUGUAUUCCUUUAUGUACUCCUUCGAGUUCGAAGCAUAAAGCUCUAUCUUCAUUCCACCGAGUUCGAAAACUUUAGAACCGGCAAUGGAUCCUCGACAUCUUCGCCUUCCUUCACCACGUUACUUCACACACAAGUAACCAUCAAGAACUCAAACUUCGGUCACUAUAAGUACCAGAACAGCACCGUCGUUUUAGCCUAUAGAGGAACACAUAUUGGAGAAGCCGGUUUAGAAAACGGGUGGGCAAAGGCUCGAUCGGUUAAGAAGAUUAACAUCACGGUGGUGGUGAGUUCGAAGCACUUGAUGGGCAUAGUCUCGGAUAAUGGUGGUUCGAGGACGAUCCCGUUGACAGCAAGUGCACUGGUUACCGGAAAGAUACAUAUAUUGAAGAUCGUUAGGAGGCGAAAAGUAGCGCCGAUGAAUUGCACCAUGGAUGUUGAUACACAAACUCCGUCUAUCCAUAAUUUGCAUUGCAACUAA